UAGGGAGUAGACGCCCUCGGCCCUCCGGCUUGUCCUGCAGCUUCCGGGUGUGCGGCUGCGGCCAUUUUGAGCUUCGCUUCUUUGCGCUCUCGCCCGCCACCCAGCCAGCCUUGCCGCCUUGGCGUUUCGCGCCUCCGUGCGGGCCGCGGUCUCCGGAAACGCCGUCGCUGUCGCCGCCGCGCGAGGGGGGGUCUUCUCUAUGGUGGAGCGGCCUCACACGGCCUAGGACGUAUCCUCCCCGCGCCGGGAUGGACGUAGCCGCGGUCGCCACCGCUUGCGCGGGCCUCCGGGCCGUCCGGUGCAGCGCUCGCUGCGGAAGCCGCCGCUCUCUGGGCCUCAUCCGCCGGCGCGGGAAUCGGACUGCAGGACCCACUCCGUGGCUGGGCAAGGCGGAGACUGUGUAGGCUUCGGAUCCUGCCCGCGCUGAACGCCGCUGAGCUCCGUCCUCCUCCUGCCCGAGAAGCCGCCAAGGAAAGGAGAUGGAGACGGGAACGCGCAGGGCCCGGAAGCGGCCCGGCCCUCGGCUGGGCUCCUGGUUCCGGCUGCCCUACCUUCGGCGAUCGCACGCCUGCUCUUCGGAGCUCCCGCCGCCUUCCUCUCGGCAAAAUCCCGCGGACUCCGCCCUGCCCGAGCCUCGAACCAGGUACUGGACCAAACUGCUUUCCCAGCUCCUUGCCCUGCUCCCUUGCCUGCUCCAGAAGCUCCUGCUCUGGAGUCAGCUUUUCGGGGGCAUGAUUCCGACCAGAUGGCUAGAUUUUGCCGCAAGUCACAGCGCCCUGAGAGCUUUGAGAGGACGGGAGGAAUCUGCCGCUGGCACGGUGCAGAAGUCUCUGAGUUCACUGCGGCUGGACUCUUCGGAGGACAUGGUUGUCAGUUCUCUUGACUGGCUAGAGGAGGGACUCCAGUGGAAGUGCUCGUCUUCGGACCUGGAGUUGAAACUCAAGGCCCAAGAGAGAGCUUUAGACUCUCCAGCGCCCGCUUUCCUCCUGGAGCAGCAGCUGUGGGGAGUGGAGUUGCUGCCCAGUAGCCUUCAAGCCGGUCUAGUCUCCCACCGAGAUCUUGGCUCUUCAUCCUCUGGACCUCUGAGCACCCAGAGCUUAGGCAAUUUCAAAGUAGUUUCCUAUCUCCUGAGCCCUUCCUUCCUGGACUACCUUCCCCAGUUAGAGCUGCGCUGUCAGAACAGCGCUGGAGCUGGCCAGUUUGUGGAUUUCCGAACACUACCCCCAGAGAGCUGCUACCUUUCUGAAGAUGGUUGUCACCCUCAGCCGUUGCGGGCAGAGAUGUCGGCAACCGCAUGGCGAAGGUGUCCGCCUCUCUCUGCAGAAGGCCUGCCGGAAAUCCACCACCUUCGUAUGAAACGGCUAGAAUUCCUCCAGGCUAACAAAGGGCAAGAGUUACCCACCCCUGACCAAGAUAAUGGCUAUCAUAGCCUGGAGGAGGAACACAGCCUUCUCCGGAUGGACCCACAACACUGCACAGAUAACCCCGCCCAGGUGGUGUCCCCUGCUGCAGCCAGGCUGGAGCCCACUGAGAAAAAACCAGAAUUGGUGAUUCAAGAAGUUUCACAGAGCACCCAGGGAAGCAGUGAGUUACCUGUGGAAAAAGAAUGUGAAGAGGACCACACUAAUGUAACUGACCUCUCAGAUAGAGGAGAGAGCCUUCCUGUUUCUACCAGACCAGUUUGUAGCAAUAAACUGAUAGAUUAUAUUUUGGGAGGCGCCUCCAGUGACUUGGAAGCCAGCUCUGAUUCUGAAAGUGAGGAUUGGGAUGAGGAGCCUGAGGACGAUGGCUUUGAUAGCCAUGGCUCCCUGUCUGAAUCAGACAUGGAACAGGACUCUGAAGGGCUUCACCUUUGGAACUCUUUCCACAGUGUAGAUCCUUACAACCCCCAAAACUUUACAGCCACGAUUCAGACGGCUGCCAGAAUUGCCCCCCGAGACCCAUCUGAUUCAGGGAAGUCCUGGUCUGGCAGCUCUGAUGUAGGGAGUGGUCAGGCGGGACCCCUUCCCGAGACUCCUGACCAUAGUUCCGGGGAGGAGGAUGACUGGGAAUCCAGUGCAGAUGAAGCAGAGAAUCUUAAAUUGUGGAACUCUUUCUGUAAUUCUGAGGACCCCUACAACCUUUUAAAUUUUAAGGCUCCUUUUCAAACGUCAGGGAAGAAUUGGAAAGGCUGUCAGGACUCAAAGGCAUCUUCUGAUGCUACAGUGGCCUUUUCUGGGCAUCAUACCUUACUUUCUUGUAAGGCACAGCUGUUAGAGAGCCAAGAAGAUAAUUGUCCAGGCUGUGGGCUGGGUGAGGCUCUUGCUGGGAAAAGAUACACCCAUAUCAAGAGAAAAAAGGUAACCUUCCUUGAAGAAGUUACUGAGUAUUAUAUAAGUGGUGAUGAGGAUCGCAAAGGACCAUGGGAAGAAUUUGCAAGGGAUGGAUGCAGGUUCCAGAAACGAAUUCAAGAAACAGAAGUUGCCAUUGGCUACUGCUUGGCGUUUGAGCACAGGGAAAGAGUGUUUAGUAGACUGCAGGAACCUGUCAAAGGACUUACUGUUGUACAGCAAUGUUAAGACGAGUGAACAGCCUGCGGUCCCCGCCCACUCUGUCUCUUACUUGAGAGACACUGGCAGCUGUCCUUGGACAUGUAUUUAAAGAAACAACCUGUAUCUAAUGAUGUAGUUUGAUUAUUUUUGGAUAAUGUGUCUCAUUAGAAACACCAACUCUGAUAAUGAAGACUCUCUAAUCUGUAAUCUUUUCCUAUUUAGUUGGAUGUGGGUUUUGUCUUUUUGAGGGGGUCUCGCUGCAUAAUUCUGGUUGGCCUAGGUCUAUGUAUGUAGACCAGGUUGGCCUUGAAGUUGGUAUCUCCUUACCUCUGUUUCCUGUGCCACCAUGACCAGCUGGAAGUGUUUUUAAAUAUCCUCUGCUUACCUGGGGUGAGAGUUUAAUUUUGCACUUUCAAAAUAUUUCUUCUGGAGGAAAGGGCUGGUCUGUUUUGCCUACAGGCUUCAGGCCAGCUAGGGCUAUGUGGUGAGACCUAGUCUUAGAGGACAAACAACAAAAUAGAACAGGUUACUGUGGAAACUGAGGCAGGAGGAUAGAAAGUUCCAGGUGUGCCUGGAACUCAGUGAACUCAAGGCCAGUGUGGGGAGUUUAGCAAGACCUUUUUUACACUCAGAAUGGAAAAGGAAGCUGGGGAUAUAGCUCGGUAGCAGAGGCCCCUGCUACCACCAUGUGCAAGGCCCUGGGUUCAGUCCCCAGUACUGCAAAUAGAAAGAAAAAACAUUGUCUUGGAUAACCAUAAGGUUUAGGCCUCAUAUUCAGUUCUAACUCAAAUUAUGCAUACUUAGCUAAGAAUGUUGAGUUUUUGUAUGCUUUAAUGUUCUAAAAUUAAUGGGCUUUAUGUUUUUUGUUUUUGUAUGUUUUUAUGUCUGUUAUAUUUUGAGGUGGGGGAUUGAGGCAGGGUCUCACUGGCCUUGAGCUCAUGGCAGGCUUCAGCUUCAAUUGAGUGUUUUGGUUUGUGUUUGUGUUUUUUGUUUGUUUUUUUACUUUCAUAGAUUUGACUUAAUUAUUUUAAGGCUAAAACCUGUUGCUGUCAACCUAAAAGACAUUGAUGUGUCACUUCAGUGGUGGAUUUUCUCCCUCUUUAUUUUAAAGACAUAGUCUUAUGUAGUCUAUGCUGGCCUUGAACUCAUUACUUAGCCAAGGAUGACUUUGAAAAAUCCUCUUGUCCUCUUGUUUGGAUUGCGCAUGGUAUGUGCCAUACAUCCAGAUUUUUCUCUAUAUCUAGGUCUAUUUAAGAUAUUUCCAAGGACUGCCCACAAACCCACAAGUGCAGUACUUUCUUGACUGGGAAAGCAGGGUUCGUGUGCUUUUUAAAGGCACACACCAUGAUGCCCAGCUGGUCUGCCAAACUUAACCUAUUUGGUUUUUGUGCAAACUGUCCAUUUGGAAGGUUUCUGUGUGUUGUAGUUCCAGUUGAAUGUGGCUCUUUGUAGCUUUCAAGAAUGGGUAGAAAUCAUAAAGCACUCUAGGAAGUAAUCAUUGCAUUGUAGACUUUUUUUUUUUUUUUCCCUAAUUAGAAGCCUACAAUUUUUCUAGGGGGUAUAUGGGAGACAUGUCAGAAAUUCCGUUUUGUUUUACGUAUCUUAAAACCAGUGUUACACCCUGCCUUGGCACUGGCACUUUUCAGACCUGUCUUGAAGACACUGUAAACUUGGAUGGUGCAGUUCUGGGUUUUCAUGUGUGAAAUGUCAAAUACAAAGGUCAAUAUCCAGGUUUGUUGUGUUCUACCUUAUAUAGAGAGAAGAAAAGCAGAAAGGAUAGAUAGAGCAACCAGAAAGUCCCAGUGUCCUCCCCAAAGUGUACUUUUGAAUAGUGUAUGGAUUAGAUAUGCUUGGUUUGUUCAGUUAGCUUCGCCUGUUGUGCAUGGGCUAGGUUGAGGUCAUGUGUAACCAGCUCUUUAGUGGUUACAUGCACAAGAGAGAGAGGGCCUCUGAAUUGGUUGUGGGGAUGAGCAUCCAGAAGGACUGGCAGGGUAAACUACCUCAGUUUAUAAUCUCCCUGGUUAUUUCCGUUGAUGUGAUCUAAGGUCUGCCUCAGUGGUGGUGAUGUUCAUCCACACACAGUUUAGUAAGAGUGCAGGACUAGAAACGUUGGUCUUAUUUUUGAGAACCCCCAUUUCUGUGUAUUUUAUGCACCUGCCUUCAGUGAACUCAGAGUGCAUUGAAGAGUCUGGUUUAGUGCUGUGGAAAUGGGGUAGUUUAGAAGCUGUUUGGAAAGCAGGCAUGUUGACUUUAGGAAGAAAAACUGUGACAAUAUGUAGACAUUUCUUUUAAAACCAGACUGCAGCUUAACAACACUUGAUUUCAGACGAUUAGGUUUUUGUUUCUGAGACCCAGCACCUGUAUAUUUGCAAGGAACAGGACAUCUGUAGAUUCAUGGUGUGUUUGAGAUGUUUGAAAUUUCUUCCAGAUUACACCUUCACUAUCAAAUGAGUAAAUGACUCAUACCUGCAGACAUGACCUGAUAUUGGCAAGGACAAGAAGGGUCUUUGACUGAAGGAGAAAACCUUGUCAUUGUCAUCCCAGCCCCAAGGAAAGAACCCCUCUAAGGCAGGCGGGCAGGCAGGCAUGGUGGUUCUAGUGGAGUACUUUACACAUUCAAGCCUUGCAGUGGUGCUUUAGAUCUGUGUAGCAUGUGAGGCUCUGUACAGGCGGGGGCCACACUUCUGAGUGCUGAAAUGUGGCAACCCUUUUUCUAACUUGAAAUCAAAACCGUCAGAUUUUAUUUUUUAUAAUUUAAGAAAGAGUUGGGAAAUGGGAGUUUUUUGAGUUGACUUCUUCAGAUCAGUCAUUUUAUGUGUAACUAGUAGAGAUUUUAUAUAG